CCGUCGCUCUGUCGCGGGUAUUGGAUGAUUUGUAGCUAAGACUCCCGAUCCCCUGAAGUGGGGAAAUGGAACUCUUAACAUUCAGGGAUGUGGCCAUAGAAUUCUCCCCUGAAGAGUGGAAAUGCCUGGAUCCUGCCCAGCAGAAUUUAUAUAGAGGCGUGAUGUUUGGGGAGAACUAUAGAAACCUGGUCUCCCUGGGUAUGGAUAACUUUUAAUACGUUUAUGAUCUCAACCCAGACCUGGUCACCUGUCUGGAGCAAAUAAAAGAACCCUACAACUUGAAGAUACAUGAGACAGCAGCCAAACCCCCAGGCGGAGUCUCGCUCUGUCCGCCCAGGCUGGAGUGCAGUGGCGCGAUCUCGGCUCACUGCAAGCUCCGCCUCCUGGGUUCACGCCAUUCUCCUGCCUCAGCCUCCCGAGUAGCUGGCACUACAGAGGCGCCAUGCAUCAUGCCAGCUAAUUUUUUUGUAUUUAGUAGAGACGGGGUUUCACCAUGUUAGCCAGGAUGGUCUCGAUCUCCU